AUGACGAUGAUGAUGUCUGAUCUUCCGAAUGAUUUGGUAGAAGAGAUUUUGUCUAGGGUUCCGAUAACAUCUCUAGGAGCAGUGAGAUCUACUUGCAAACGAUGGAACGGUUUAUCCAAAGAUCGUAUUGUAUGUAAAGGAGAUGCAAAUCAACAGUUUACAGGGUUCACGAGAUAUGUGAACGAAUCUACGGUUUGUUCAAUGAGACUUGAUCUUAAUGAAAUCCAAAAUGAAGACGUUGAACUAGUUGAGCUCUCUAUAAAUAAGAUAAAUAAAUUUAUUGAACUUGAGUUAUUUCAAGUUUAUUACAGCGAUGGCUUGUUGUUAUUGGUAACUGAUGAGGUAGAUUCCAAGAUCGUGGUUUGGAAUCCGUAUUUGGGACAAACCAGGUUGAUCCAAUGCAGAGAUACUGAGCAUUUCAAAUAUAGGUAUGCUCUCGGAUACGACAACAACCGUAACCACAAAAUCUUGAUGUAUAAUAGGAAAAAUUGUGAAAUCUACGAUUUUAAAUCUGAUUCAUGGAAGGUUCUUGAUAUCAUUCCCGACUUGCAUACAAAUAUUUAUGUACGUGACAUGUCAAUAAAGGGAAAUACUUAUUUUUUCUAUCGAGGUGAGAAAAUAGGGGAAGGACUAGCUGGUUGCUUACUUUCUUUUGAUUUUACAAGAGAGAGAUUUGUGUCGUGUCUUCCUCUCCCAUUUCAAAUUGCUAAGUUUGAUGAUAAUGUAGCUCUAUCUUCUGUUAGAGAGGAACAUCUUGUGGUGUUAUUUAAUAAUUGGGAAGAAUCUGAGAUGGAGAUAUGGGUGACAACUAAGAUUGAACCCAAUGCUGUGUCAUGGAGCAACUUCUUAACAUUUACUCAUUUUAGAAUUAAGUUUUUAGUUACGAGUUUCUUCAUUGACCAAGAGAAGAAAUUAGCCGUAGUGUUUGGUAGAAGCUUAUCUAAACAAAUGAGGUGCAACAUAGCUUACGUCAUUGGAGAUAAUGGAUACUUGAGAAUAUUGGAUUUCGGAGUAACUUUCAUACCAUCUAACCUACCAGUCUCUUAUGCUCCUAGUUUAGUGAAAAUCACCCAAGGCCAAGAACUCUCGGUUAUCGAGGAAAAGAAAAGAUCGAGAUUAUUAGCCAGUCUUGUUUACAGUACGUUAUUUGUUUCUUUCAUCAUCUUCUUCUCGUUCAUUUCUUCUGUUUUCAUUUGA